AUGUGUGUGUAUGUGGAAGAGAAGAUGAAGAAGAAGAAGAAGAAGCGAAGUUCGUCAUUCAUGUGCUCAGCGGGCAGCUCCACACUUGACGAGAGAAUGAGCACUACCAGCUUGCGCCUUCGGAUUCAACUUGAAUCAUUCAAGACUUCUGAAGUCCCGAUUCUACAGAUUCUGAAGUUCAGAAUUAAAUAUUUGCCAAGGUUCGAACGCAAGGGUGAUGAUCUGUACACGAAUGUGACCAUCUCACUUCAAGACGCUCUCAACGGUUUCGAGAUGGAAAUUCAACAUCUCGAUGGGCACAUUGUCAAGGUUCAACGUGAUAAGGUAACGUGGCCAGGAGCGCGUCUUCGAAAGAAGGACGAAGGAAUGCCAUCCCUUGAGAACAACAACAAAAAGGGAAUGCUCAUCGUGACGUUCGACGUGGAAUUCCCGAAAACCGAGUUGUCCGACGAGCAGAAGGCGCAGAUCAUCUCGAUUCUACAACAACAAGAAAUCAAGCCCAAAGCGUACAACGGCCUCUAA